AUAAAAAUCGAAACAACGAAAAUUUUCUCACCUCAACAAUUCAGAUAUAUUUUUACUAUAUUUCACAUUAUAUGAAUAUUGUCUUCAAAUUUAAAAUGAGAUAUAUAUUGCAGCACUGGUACCAUAUAUUUUUUCAGCUAUUUAUUUACAAUAAUGACUACCCAUUACAUGUUCAGUAUUUCUCAGCGAGAUAAUUAAUAUAUGUAAUACUUCUGAAGUAAUGAAUUGUGUGAAUAAAAAUAUUUAAAUAUCUGUCACGUUUCAAUCGCAUGCACUUCCGAGUUCCGACUAUUAUCGAUAAAGAACUCGCUUCUGCUUUGGCGCCUAAAAUCUGAAGGAGUAGUUAGAAGUUUGGUUGUACGCUGCAAACAAUUUCGUGUUUACACUGAACAUGCCUAGUCUAGUUGAUUUGUGUGAAAAAUACUUUGGGCACAAAGACUUUUAUGAUGUUCUACGUAUACCGAAAAAUGCAAAUGAAAAACAAAUUAGGAAAGCGUACCAUAGGCUGUCUCUGCUUGUGCAUCCUGAUAGAGUGGAAGAGCAAAAGAAGGCAGAAGCAACGGAGAAAUUUAAAGUUUUGGGAAAGGUUCAUUCAAUAUUGAGUGACAAAGAGAAGAAAGUGGUUUACGAUGAAACAGGAUCAUAUGAUGAGGAAGAUGAGAAGGCAGAGAGAGAUUGGAAUGAGUAUUGGAGACUGUUGUUCAAGAAAAUCACAAUUGAAGAUAUCAACAGAUACAAGAAACAAUAUCAAGGCUCUGAAGAAGAGUUAUCAGACUUAAAACGGGCCUAUACUGAUGGAAAAGGUGACAUGGACUUCAUCCUGGAAUCUGUACCAUUUAGUAAUACAGAAGAGGAGCCACGCCUUCGCUCAUUGCUGCAGGGAAUGAUUGACAGUGGCGAAGUUCCCGCAUUCCGUGCAUUCACUCACGAAACUCCUCGCAAGCGAGAGCGGAGGAAGAGGAAGUGGGAAAAAGAAGCACAAGAGGCAGAGAAAAUGAAGGUGGAAAUGAAUAUGGAAGACGGGGAGGAAGGACUAAGAGCCAUAAUCCAGGCUAAGCACGCACAGAGGACUGUCGACGCCGACGCGUUCUUCGACCACCUGGCAGCGAAAUAUAGUGGUGGAGGUGGUAGUGCUAAGAAGAAAGGCACGCGACAGCAGCCUGCGAGGAAGCAAGCCAAGAAGUAGUGAAGCCGUGGGCUGUGCAAGAGCGGAGUGAGGCUACAGACUGAAAACAAAUUUAUUUCUGGUGUAUUUUAUCAAUGUAUAACUUGCUAAAGCAUUGUUUAAGAACUUGUUUGACCCAAAUCUGUCACACAUAGUUUACUUUGAAUGAAAAUGUAAUUUGUGGGCCAUGUUAUACAUUUGUCAAUUUCUGAACAUUAUGAGAUAAGGUGUGUGUGUGUGUGUGUGUGUGUGUGUGUGUGUGUGUGUGUGUGUGUGUGUGUGUGUGUGUGUGUGUGUUUUUGUUUGUUUGUUUUGAGAACACUCAGAGAGAGACUGUAAACUGUUACUUGUAGUUAUACUGCCAACUCAGACAUACUGUUCUUCUCCUUUGGUUCACAAAUACUUAGUUAAAAAUUAGUACAGUUUUCACUUUAAAAAUGAGUUCUUAAUGUGAUUAAGUUCACAAAAAAGAUAAAAACUGUGAUACAACUUCACUGUCCUACCCUACACUUGGACCACCAUCGUAUAUUGUGCAGUGUGAGUUAGUGUUAUCUUUGUGUCUGGCUGCUUUAAGUACAAUGAAAUCUUUAAAAGUGAUUAUUUUACUUUGUAGUACUAGCCUUGAAUCAUUCAUGAUGAUCUGAAACAGCAAUAAGGGAUCUUUCAAGCACCUGGGAAGUACUUGAGGUUCCACAUGUUGUGUGAAGGACACAGCACUGGAAACGGAAAGUGUGAUUUGCAAUUUUAAAUUUGAAAGCACUGGCAUAACUUUAACAAGAUUAUGCAUAAAGCAUUGUGGUUAUCCAAACAGUAAUUGUAUUCUGUGAUGUGUUGUUAGAUUUGACAGAUGACUGCCAGUCACCUGUGGAGACAUUCUGUCAUAGAUUCUCACAGUUUAUAGCCAUUAUGUGUUUACACUCUGGAUUGAUAUCGGUGGAUAACCAUAUACAGUGAAAUCCCACUUUUACCCUUUUCAAGGGACUUUAAAAAAUGGUGUAAAAAUACAAGAAAUAACUUGGUUACUUUUAUGCCCCCGCCCCCCUUGCAUUUUUGUUGUUUAUGUAUUAUAUAUGUAGAUAAUAGGCAUAAAAAGUACUUGUCAGGGACUUGUUUAUAAUCCAAUAAAGGCCAUCUGAAUUUUGUACUAUCAUCAGCCACUGAUGUGACUAGAACUGGUAACUGUGUGGGAUGUAGAAAUGUGACUUAAUUUCAUUCAUUAUAAUCAAUGUUUUUGGUAAGCCUGCAAUUGUCAUUCAUUAUUUAACAAUGAAUCAGUGCACCAGUUUCAUUUUGUCAUGUGUAACACAGUGCAUUUUGAGAAUUAAUUCUCAUUGUCAUCUGUAAAUUGACGUAAGUAUUUUGUUUGAUGUUUGCCUAUGUGCUGUUCUGAUUCCCUUGUGCUGUAGUCAUAUUUUUGAUGUUGUAAAUACUUAAUAAGGAUUUGCAGUGGACGAUGGGAAUAAAUUCUCAAAACACAUUUUGCUAUGAAUGAAAAAAAUGUGUAACUCCUGCAGUGUGUCAUUAAUUGAACCAUAAACAUUUGAACAACGCAAAAUGUGAAAAGGUGUGAAAGUGCUGCAAGUGAACAAUGAAACUCGGGGAAAUAUGUUAGAGGUGUCGUCAUGAUCACAAACUUACACAUGCACAUUAGAGAUAGUUUAAAAAUUGUCAUGGUCGGUCAUUAUUUGAACAAACAUAAUUACUCCCAUUAGCCAACACACUAAGUAGAGUUAGGAAAUGAUAGAAGAUAAAACACAAAUUGCUCAGACUUUCCACUGAUUCAGAUUUGUUGAGUACAGUGCUCUGGUGUCACAGAAUGUUUGUAAGCUUUACUUGAAAGCCAGCACCAUGCGAGUGUCAUUUCAUAUCAAUAGAGUCAACUUUUUCUCCACCAGUGUUGUUUCAUGAAGGGUAAAUCACGGGGAAAUUAAUAAUGUUAAUCCAAAAUCAUGAGUGAAUUAACAUUGUAAACAUAGGAAAUUUGAUGAGUAUGAUAUAAAAAUUAUGAUAAUGGUGGGGAAACAAUAAUUCGGAGAACGUUAGGGCAGGGUUACUCUGUUAUUAUUUAAUAAGCACACCACCAGAUGUUCUUGAGUUAAUUUACGAAAGAAAAUUAUACAAAGUGUAAUAUUUGGUCUUGAGUAGGUUUAUGUAAGUAGAGGACAGAAUGCUACAGUGAAGGGAUGUGUGGUUUGGUGUAGUCAGUUGAUAUUGUUUAGUCUCCUGUUCUGACAUUUUACCACCUCCCCUUACUUCAGAGAACUGCUAGCAACACUUGUUUACCACAUAUGGGGAGUGACUGUUUUGACAUGAUUUUAUCAAGCCAAAUACUGUCAACUGGGUGUACUUGAGAAACUUUGAAAGCACACAGAAAAUCUGAUAGUUGUUCAAGAAGCAAAACUUUCAUCUGCUUUCUAGCUACUUGAAGCACUAUUGACUGACAAUUAAAGAAAAGUUGCAUUUUUGAACUCGAGGACAGGAAAGUUAGUUUUAUUCUGUCCCAUGUUACUCCCAGGUUGGCUAUAUUGGGGCAGAAAGCUUGAAAUAUCAAUUUUGUUAUAUAAUCAUGUAAUGUUUUAACUAAACGAUAAUAUUGACUACAUUAGGGACCGGGAAAUAUUUUGAAAAUAAUUUCAUUACUACGUUUUAAAAUAACAUUGUUAAGUGGAUAUAAAAGAAACAUAAACAAACAAAAUUUAGUUCUUAUCACUCGGAAGGAUAUUUCUCUCUUCACUGCCUUUGACAUAAUACAAUUUGAGCAAUAGAAACUACAGAAAUGCCAUCAUUUGGGAGAAUAAACACUUUGUUUCCAUUAUAAUGCCUCAUGAACUCGCACCCACAUGAUCCGUUGUUAGCAAUGUGUCAAUGAUGUUUUUGCUGGUCUGUCUUUUUGUUCACUUAAACAAAAUCUCCACAUUGAACUGAUAAACACUGCUGCUGAAUAUAUGGUGUUUGUGCAAGAGAUUCAUUCACAUCAUUGUUCUGGGUUUGUUCUAUUGUUCACCACCAUUUGCAACUCAAUACUUGCAGAGAAUAAUAUUCUUCCUGUUUUUCAACUGAAGGUUAUCACCCUCCUCUUUGGUGGAUGCCAUAAACCCUUAUUGCUACUUAAUUUUUCCCCCCUUUUGCUUUUCUCCUUUUCUUUACAGAAGCACUUAUUGCUGUCUCAAAAAAAAUCAGAUGUCACACUUGAUCAUGGAGAAAGAUCCAAUUUUUCUCUCUUCUUUAUAGUUGAAUGUUUUGCUGGUUUCCUUGAGGUGCUCUUCAAAUGUGUUAUUCCGUUUUUGCAUUUGGUCUUCAGUUAUGUGCUACGUUUGUCGUGGCUUUUUGUGGUUUAAUGGGAUGUAUGUCACUUGGCUUCAAAUCCACUAAACAGGUUUUGCAUUAUGGAGCCCUGUUACUUCUCAAGAGUUUUUUAAUAACACAUUGAAAAUAUCUUUACGGAGUGAGGCAUGAUAUUUGGCUUUCCACUCCUCCAAUACCUCCCUCCAUUUCACUUCCUCCCAGAAAAAAACAUUAGGUCAAAAUGCAUACUAAAAUGAGUUGUUAGGAGGCAACAGCACAAGUCAUAUGAUGAUCUGCUUACAGUCUUCUGUUACUGUCGCUGAUAUAUGGCUUGCCAAAUUCUCCUAUUAUGAGAGGGUCCAUCACAUACUUUUUUAGAUAUGGAAGUGCUGUAGGUAAAACCAGUCCUCAAAACUUGCACCCUCAAACAAUCCUGAUCUUGAGCAAUUAAAAUGAGUUCCCUUUUGUCCACCUUCUAUCCAUGUAUGGUAUAGCUGUUCUGAUUUGUACACAAUGUAUUUAGGGAGACAAUAUCAAGAUGCUGUAGCAGUAAAAAUUACUGCUGUGCUUGAUUUUGAAUUGAUGAUUUUCAGGAUGCUUGUAUUGUCCUCUUACAGUGACUUUUUUUCUUCUUCUUCUUCUUCUUCUUCUUCUUCUUCUGUGAGCCACCUGCCAUGUUCAUUUUGUCAUAAUUCAAUAUAUCAUUUUGCAGAAUUCCACUGAAUGAAACUUUCAGCUCUUCAAAAUAUGAUUUUUAUUGUAUCUACACUUACAGCAAUUUUCCAUCUUUUCAGAUUCUCAGAAAAUCUAAUUUCAAUUUUCUUCCUGUUUGAAAAUAAUUUUGUCCAUUGUACACCACAAAUAUUAAUUUCAACUUCUAUGAAGCCCUUCUUAUCAAACUAUUUUGACAAUAGGCUAACAUUGAAUUUGAUUAAAGUGGUGCCCCAUUUUGUCGUUGCAUGAAGCUUUUCUGCCAAACAGUAGCCCUCUGUAAUGUUAAGAGCAGGAAGGUGGCCAUAUUUACCCACAUUCUUAUACUUCAUCUUCCUUUUGAGAGUACUUUCUGGAACUCCAUAUCUUUCUACAGCUUUCUCAAGACUAAGGUUCUUACUGUCCUCUUCCCAUAUUUCAAUGAUUUGAGAUGAAAUAAACUGUAAAAAUUGAAAAGGAAGUAUUACCGUGCUUUCCUGUCAAAUGUCGAUAUGGACCCAAGUAACACAUAAUGAACACAUUUGGAAUGAAUGAAAAUAAUUCAGAGAUAAUAUUGAGUGGCCACAUUGAACUUCAUUGUAGCUGUAAAUCACAAACGAGGUUAGAAUAGGACAUGUAAACAAAACUUCUAUCUCUAAUAACAUAAGAGUGAAAAAUUAACAUUACCUCCUGUACUUAAAGCAAAAACAUUGUCCUUCAAAUAUUGUUGAAUCACUUUUUAGCAGGCUUCGAUAUAUGUAGGAAUUACUACAGCCAUUUAUGCAACACAGAUUCAUAAAAAUAUAAAAACUUUUCAAAAUCCUUUUAUCAGUGAUUCCAAUACUUAAAAAUACAAAUUUUGGUCAACGUUACCCCUGCUGUUCCAAGUACACCCAGUUGAUGGUACCUAGUUUUCUCACUGUUUAACAUCUUGGCUCUAAUGGUUGGUACAGUUAUUGGUGACUGUUCUAAUAGCACAAGUUUGCUCAGUAGCUAUUUUUCUGAGAAGCAAAUUUGUAGUCUUGAUUUGCAUUAAAUAUUGUGGCUUAUAUUUCUUUCUAUGGAUCGCAUAAUAAACAAACGCCAUAUAAGAUUGUAAUGUUUCCUACCUUUUUUUAUUCAAGAUGUGGAUUGUUCUGCAGUCAGAUUGUGCUGUGUAUACUGUAAUAACCCAUUAACAAAGUUGAAACGAAAUUAAUAGAAAGCCUUAAUAAUCUCUCAACUACUUCACAAGUUGCCCAAAAUGUCAACUUAUCCAGCUCCAGGCAGUUGCUCAUUACACAUCAGUACAGCACUAGUGGAAAAAGACAUUUACAUUUGUUGGCAGAAUCUGGUGUGCAGCCUAUUGACACAAUACUCUCCUAAAAUUGUUUCCUGACAAGGUCGGCAUGGGGUUGUUAUCAGUAUUAUCAGGUUUCUGUUCAACACAAUUAAUAUUUUCAAUCUUCAAAAGAAGUUCGAUUAAUAGAAAAUUGAUAUGUGAACUUGUAUUGAUUUUUUGUGGUUUGAGAGCUGGUCAACAGUUGUGAUAUAGGAUGUUUUGCCUAUUUUACAUAACUGAUGUGUGCAUUUGUCGGUAGCAUAUGUUUGUGAUUUUUUACUUAUUUUAUUAAUGACAAUAUUAUGAAAAGGAUAGAUUUCUGCUCACCAUGUAGAUGUUCAGUUGCAGAAAGGCAGAACGAAAAGACAGCUAAACAUUUGAGCUUUUGGCAACAAGGCAUUCUUCUAAAAUAAGAAACAUACACACAAGCACAACUCACGCACAUGAUCACAUCUCUGGCCACCAAGGCCUUGUGACCAAAAGUUUAAAUGUGUAGCAGUCUUUUUGUUGUGGCUGUCUGCAAUGUGGCGUCUCCUCCGUAUGGUGAGUAGCAAUCUACUGUCAUUACUCCAACCUGGAGGUUACUUCGUUUAAUUUGUAUUCAUGUUAUUUGCUGAUUGCCACGCUCUCUCUCCAGGCUAUAUUGCUAAAAUUUGAUUCGUAUGUAUCUAAAGUUUCCUAAAAGUAACUUGUGUAUUAAGUCAUUGUUCAAAAAAUUACCCUUAAAGGGCAAGAAUUUUUUUCAUAAACAGCAUGAUGAAUUUUCUUUUAUUCAAAGACAGUAUCUUUGAUGAGCAUUAAAAGAUACUAUAAGAUUGGAAAUGAGGAAACUGAGCCCAGUAAAAUGCUUUAAAUUACCAUUUAUAUUGACAGGGUAAAUAUUAACUAAUAUCUUACAAAUUACCAGCUAAUUGAUAAAAACAAAAUUAGGGCACGAGUACACUUAAAAGCCCAAAAACUUUUUAGAAUUUGAUUAAGGGUAAAGCUUUCUAGUCUAAAAUCUGAGUUUCUCAUGCAUUUACAGAUUGAAAAUCAGAAGAGUGGCAGCUUGACUUUUUGUUACGGUGUUCUUAGUGAGAUUAAAUUUUACUCCACUAUUUGUCAUAUGAUGAAUGUAACAUACAGAUACUGAAAUAUUUCUUUAUGUGCUGUGUAUACGUAAUGCAUGUGAAACAGGAACUGUAGAUCUUGACGGAUUGUAAUGUUAAAUGUUUUUGUCAAUAAAAUUAUUUUCAUUUAUA